CAGAGGCAUUUGAGCCAGGGCACACAUGCCUCAGCUGUGAGAGGCCCUUCACCCCUUGGCUGGCUGGCAUCCCAGAGCAGAGGCAGAGAGAGACAGAGACGGUAGAGUGUGAGAGACGGAGGGUGAAGAGAAAGUUAAAGUGUAAAAAGUAGACUAGGUGGAGGCAAACAAGUGCUGGAGAAAGUUGUCGAUUGAAGAUUGGGAAAAGCGCCGGGGCCUGAGUUUGUGAUAAUUGUGGCUGAGGUUGUUUUUUCACUUGUGUAUUCUGUAGUUAGUGUGCAAGUGGUUUGUAUUUGGAGUUGACAGCCAUGGCGGACACAGGUGUCAAGAAGGAGCACUCAGCUCUGGCAGAGGUGUCUUAUGAUGAUGAUGACGAGGUCGCUCUGGUGGCUGCUGCCACUGAGCCGGCCGUCGAUGAUGAUGACCCUGAUGAGGAUGCCGACCUGGUGCAGGUCACUGGGGGCAAGAGUGAAGCCCAGAUGAACGGGGUCUUGGUUCUCUCUCUGCUAGACAAGAUUAUCGGGGUGGUAGACCAGAUCCAGCAGACCCAGCAGGGCCUCGAGGCCCGGCAGGAAGCCAUGGAGAAGUCCGUGUCAUCCAUCCAAGGGGAGCUUUCCAAGUUGACCAAGACUCAUGUCGGCACCACCAACACUGUCAAUAAAAUGCUGGAGAAAGUACGCAAAGUCAGUGUCAAUGUCAAGAUGGUGCGCAGCAACCUGGAGAAGCAGGCUGGCCAGAUCAAGAAGCUGGAGAGCAACGAGAGUGAGCUGCUCAAGAGACGCAACUUCAAAGUCCUCAUCUACCAGGACAAAGUAAAGGCACCAAAUGCAUCAAAAACCAAGACAGGGGAGACAGUUGUUGAAGGUAAUGCAGUGGAAGGUCUUCAGCAGAUACCUGAGGAGGGACAGGAAGGACCUCCAGCCAAUCUCAAUUCAGAUGAGGAGGUAGAGAUUGAGGAGAUUAUUGAAGAGUCUCGUACCAAGCGCAUCCAACGCUCCACCAAGCAGCAAGUGGACAACAUAAAGAAAGCCUUUUCCAAAGAGAAUAUGGAGAAGACCAAACUUAAGACAAAGGAGAACUUGGAGAAGACCAGACAGAGAACCCGCGAUAACCUAGAAAAGACGAGGCAAAAAACCCGAGACAAUCUGGAGAAAACCAAACACAACCUGGAGAAGAAGAUUGGCAAACUUGGGACCCGCGUCACCCCCAACCAGGAGCGCAGGGCGAAGAUGAAGAGCUCCAAAGACAAGGUGAGGAAGUCCCUAACCCCUGACCACACUGUCUAUGCCCGCUCGAAGACCUCUGUGUACCGCGUGCCCCCCUUCACCUUCCAUGUGAAGAAGAUCCGAGAAGGGGAGGAGGAGGUUGUGGAGAACACAGAGAUGGAGGAGGUGGCCGACACGGAGGGCCAACCAGAGGGAGAGGAGAACGGCCUUGGCGUGCACGUGGACGUGGAAGAAGGGGAGCUGGUGAAUGUAGACAGCCCAGGGAUGGAGGAGCUGUUGCAGGUGACCGAGGACUCUCAGCUGGUCAUGGUGGAGCCAGAUCGCCUUCAGAAGGCACAAAGGGAAUGAGCCUCCCAGCUCUGUAGAGAAAGUUUUGAAGAUGAAGAAAGGAAUGAUGUCUUGAUAAAUAAUUCUAAACACAAGGACACAAUAUUAGUCGUGGGGACUCUGUAGACUUGAUCACAAUCCAAGUGGUAUCCGUUGUUUUCUGUUCUCUUUUUACUGUACCCAAUACGGAUGACUUUCAUAUUUGCAACUUUUUGGCAUAUAAGUGAGAUAAACAUAACAAAAACAAAGCAAGCUUUUAAAACAUGAUGCAGGCUGAUAGCUUAGACAUGUAUGUUUAGAAUAUUUGUAGUUGGUUUGAUUAAUUGAGAAGUACAAAAGUGUAUAAAUAGUCUUUGCUGUUAAGAAGUACAUUAUAAUAUAUGAUAUGGUAACAGGAAGUUACACCAAUCUGCCACAAAAUUAAAAAUGGUAGCCGUUGUUGUGGCUGAUCGGUGUAUUUUAGAAUCAUUCAAGGAAAAUUAUUUAAUGUUUUUAAUUUAACUUUUUUCUAACAGGCCACAGAUAUACACCCAUGUGCCAUGGCACUAAAGCACUAAAAGUGAUGGUAACAGCAAGUUGUUGAAAGGGUUUCCACCAAUCUACCGUAACAAUAAAACUGGUAACCGGUUUUGCUGUUGUGGCUCAUCUUGGUGCACUGGUGCUUGAUGGUUUCAGUGACGCAAAGUGUAAAAAUAAAGCAAUUAUAACAUAGACAAAGAAGUAAGAUGGCAGGAGGAAAUAGUGAACAAUACCUCUUAUAAUUCACAAUGUGUUAGGGCAAAAGUGCUGAAGCAGGGUUUAUGCCUUAUUGUAAAAUGUGAUGCUUGUUUGUUGUCAUUGUUCUGUACUGUAAAUUACAAAUGUAAAGUACUGAAAAUGGAUGUGUAAAGAAGCAUGAAUUAUUCCCAAGUAAAUGACAAAACUAUUGUGACAAUCAUUACAAACAACUGAGUUUUUAAGUUAUACUAUACUACUGUAUGUAUCUCUUACGACUCCAGGAUCCUUAAAAGGUCCCUUAUUUUAGCCAUAACAAAAUGAGAUACUAAAAGUCGACAAUAACGAAAAUGUGGAUUGCAAACGUUGCUGUGAUUUAUUUUUUACAAUGCAUGCUUGAAAACACUGUAUUUAUCCACUGCGUCAUAUAUAUGUUUUUUAAAAGUUUAACAAAGCGCACUUCUGCACAAAGGAGAGGAAAAGAAACAAUGGCGUUGCCAUGGUUACGGCUCAUCCUAGUACACCUGCACGGCCCCAUUAAAGGUAAUUGCAGACAGAAGAAUUAGGGACUGAAGAGCAAUAUGACAGUUUAAUGACUGGCUUUUUUAACACGGGGAGAUGCAAAUGUCAUUCUAAAUGCAGUUUGAGGCUCACAGCUCGCUGCCAGGUAAGGUAAGAUGACUGGCAUGGUACUUUAACAAAUGCCAGAACACAGCAGCGGCAUUCUGCAAUUUUGCGCAAACAAGGAAUGUCCACCGUGAUGGAAGGAAACAAAAACAGUGACAGAAAAGUGAAGAAAACAAAUAUGAUUAUUAAUCUUGUAGAGAAGAUGUUUGUUGAGGAUUAGAAGGAAGCUACCUGGACUGUACUUGCUCUAAUGUAAAGUUUACAUAAAAAAGAAAAAACAAGAGGCAGCAUUCAAUCAUCAAAGCUGCUUUUGAUGAUGUAAAGCAGGGCCACAGAUGGUGAAUGUACAUAUAGAGGCUCCAUUUUCCUGCCUAGAAGCUGCAUGUGACCUUGAUGCACUGGUGUAGACACACCGAAGCUCCACUGUGUGUCAUGGAACACCAUUAAGAUAAUCAAUAGGCUGGGGGAUGCAAUUAAGGAGAGUGCUCCUUCUGAGCACUGAGCAAGGUAGAGAGAUGUCAGAGGGACAGACAGAAAGGAUGUGUGUGUGUGUGUGUGUGUGUGUGUGUGUGUGUGUGUGUUUGCGAUUGUGUGGACUAUGAUGCAAAGAAUCAGCCCAUGACAUCACAUUGUAUAAAUACAUUUAUUAUUGAUUUCCUUUAUACUACUAGAAAUACUAUUGAUUUCUUUUUUUGACAAAAAUCCUCCUCACAUUGACAUGCACAUCAAUCAGUGAAUCACUUGUAAGAUAUCGGUCCCUUUAAGAAAACGUGUGUUUUUGACAAAAUGUACAUUUUUAUAAGUUACUGGUUAUUUAAAAAAAAAAAAAAAAAACUGAACCAGCCUGCUGCAAGUGUGAUGUAGGUUAUGCACAGCUAAUAUGUGUCAUUUAAAGGAGAUUAGUUACAUAAAAGUGUUAAACAUGAUUACUAUAGGGAGCUUUUAUGCAUUUUCAGAAAACUAGGUUUGUCUUUUCUGUUGUGUAUAAGACCUAUUUUUGCCUAAUCACCUCAAUGCAAAUAAAAGCUUACUGAAAAAUGCA